AUGGAUUCUAUGGUCUAUGUUUGCCCGAGUGCAUACCUCUCAUCUCAAACUACCGAACUUUGGCAUAGUGAGACGUUUAAACCUGGUUUUGUACCGAUUCUGAGAACAGAUUUGCUCAAAUUUCGAGAUGUGUUGGACAAAGUUGUGUUAACGGUGAACCAAGAGAGGGCAGCACAUGCCUAUCAGACAUCUAACCAAGAAGAACAAAAUGCGGUGAAGGAGAUCGCAAAUGUUGAAAGACGAAAUGAUGGCGAAAAGUCCAGUUUAGACAAAUUUCAAGAUCUAAAGCAGUUUUUACCCAUCUCGGUAGACCAACAGCUCUGUACCAUUUCAAUAGAGAAUUUUCAGGGAAACUUAACUCAAGAUCAGCUGGCUCAUUUUGUAAAGCAACUUGAUGAACUCACUACUCAAAGCACCAGGACACCGAAUGCUCUCGAGUGUUGGACCGUUUUGAAAGGAUUAGAUACAUUUACCUUAUUUCUGAGGUGCGCCGCACUAGAGCAACUACCAAUUCUGAUUGAAUACUGGACUUUGAUGUUCAAACAAUGGUCGGAAGAUGAUACCAGCAUAAAACCACAAUUACAUUACGACGAAAAUACGGAUCGAUAUUGUAAGGACCAUACUACGAAGAGCUUUGAACUUGAGAGCACUUAUAUCACUAAAGAUGCCUUACAUUUAUCGAACCAAUUACAGGAAUUCCGGGACAACGCUGCUGUAGCCACGGAUGAAAUCCAGUCUGUGGAUUAUAAAGUCGAUAUAUCCACGCUCAGCGACUUACCACGAAGCUCGCUGGAACAGCUUUGCAAGGACAUUAUACAUUUUCGUACCCGAGUUGUUACUAUAGAGAAGGAAAAGCGUGCAAAGGCAGAAUACGAGGAAAACAAACGUAUGGGUCAACACAUGAUGCAAGUAUUUGACCAGAUUCGUAGGAGCAAAGGGAACGCCGAUUCCAUGGACGACGAAGACGGUAGCGAACUAAACGGGGGAGGAGAUGAGGCUGAAGACGAAGAAGAUGAAGAAGACGACUUAAUCGUAGAAAAACGGAAAGAAGAGCAACGGGAGAAGGAGGAAGAUAUGCUAUACAAUGAGCUUCUCGGGCAUUAUACCUCUAAGGUGGAAGUACGAUUCCGAUCUUUACAAGAGCAGGUCGCGCGUGAAAAGGCUUACGAAAGCAAUUUGGAACAAGAGCGGCCAUUGUACCUUAAAGAACUUUUACAUUUGGCGUACAGUCCAUAUUAUGACCAUCAUCGGUCAUAUAAAGAUGAAGAACUGCGCCAUGAUGAUGAAGACCGUAUAAUGCAUGGUAUUGCUGAAGCUGCUGAAGAGCAGAAGCCUGAUAUCGAACAAAUACCAUCUACCUCGGAACCAAGUAAAUUCAAACUGAAGAUAGGAAAACCGCAAGAAGAGGAAGGCACGCUUGUGCAAAGUGACGAUGACCUUGCAAAUCUCAUUGGAAAAUUGCGCGAUUCAAAUGUGGUACAAGAGCUGGUGAUUGAAUUUUUGGGCGAGUCAGACGAUGAUCUGACUCAGUACAUCUUUGACCAUCUCAAAGAGCAUCGCAGCAGGAAAGCACUAUUGGGCGAGCUACGGGAGACUUUUGAUGACGAUGCGGAUAUGAUAGUAGAGCGCAUAUGGGAGAAAUUAGAAACUUUGGGUUGA